GCAAAUUGCAAGCAAUUUGCAGGCAGAUAGAUGGGACUAGACGACUCAUCACUUUAAAGUUUAAAGCAGAGAGGAGUAAAGAACCAACAUUUAUGCUCAUCCACUCGUCCUUCUCUCUUUCUCUCUCUUUCUCUCAUUACUCACGCAUCAGUUUCUCUUUCUCCUCGAUCUCCGCGCUCCGCCUGCCUUCGUCCGUUUAUCUGUUUCAAUCUAAUUUGUGCCUUCACAAUUUGCCAGAUAAUUGUAGGAAAAAGCUGCAAUCUUUGUGUUUCUUGACGUUCCAGAUCUGUUCGUUAGUGUGUGGAAGGAUUAAUCUGAUCUGGGUGAAAUUCCCAAUUGUGCAAACCCUGAAGGAAAAGAACCCUAAAGCAAAUGACUUCUUGACCUUCUUUUGGUUAACAAGUUGUCCCACGACAGAUUCUCAAUGCAUUGAACAUGACUAUCUUGGGUACCCAAUAAGUCUUCUUGUUGGGGAAACAGAAUGGAUUGAAGUUCUAGUUUUCACUUUGUGA